CAGCCUGGCCCCAUGGAGGAGCAGGGAGACAACUUCGUGCUUUCCCUCGGAGACAAUACCAGCAAGUGCCGCCUGGAGACCAACCAAACACAGGCCCCAACGCGCUGGUCAGGAGCAACCAGGGGUGGCCCAGAGGUGGUGAUUGUACCGGUGCUUUUUGGGUUGAUUUUUCUCCUGGGAAUGGUAGGAAACACAUUGGUGUUGGUUGUUUUGGGGCGCCUCCGGCCUGGGGGGCGCCCAUCGCGCAGCGCUACCAACAUCUUCAUCCUCAACCUGAGCAUUGCAGACUUCUCCUUUCUGCUCUUCUGCGUCCCCUUCCAGGCCACCAUCUACUCCCUGCCCGAGUGGAUCUUUGGUGCCUUCUUUUGCAAGUGGGUUCACUACUUGGCUAUGGCGACGAUGCUGGUCAGCAUCUUUACUCUGGUGGCCAUGUCUGUGGACAGAUACAUUGCUGUGGUCCAUGCCAAGCGUUCAUCCUGCAUCCGCAGCAAGCGCAACGCUGCCCUGGGCGUGGGGGUCAUUUGGCUGCUGUCUCUACUCAUUGCCAUCCCUGUCGCCCAGCACCAGGCCCUCAUGAGUGGCCACCAGCAAGCACCCAACAGCUCCUUCUGCUGGGAGCACUGGGCAGACGGUUCGACAGCCAAGCAGAUGUACAAGAUCACCAUCCUGCUGGUGGGAUACCUCCUGCCCUUGGUGCUCAUCACCUGCUGCUAUGCCAAGGUUUUAUACCAUCUCCAUACGAAAGUAAAGAACAUUUCCAAGAAGUCUGAGAGAUCAAAGAAGAAGACGGCGCAGACGGUGCUUCUGGUGGUCGCCGUGUUCCUGCUCUCCUGGCUGCCGCACCACGUCAUCACCAUGUGGGCAGAGUUUGGGCAGUUUCCCCUGAACAACAUCUCCUUCACCUUCCGCAUCAUCUCUCACUGCUUGGCCUACGGGAACUCUUGCAUCAACCCCAUCAUCUACGCUUUCCUCUCGGAGAACUUCCGCAAGGCCUGCCGGCAAGUCUUCACCUGCAAGUUCUUCCUGCGGCCGGUUCCCACUGAGAAACUGGUCAGGAUACGCAUGGAGAACUUCUCUACCACGCACUCGACCACCAACAUGUAAAUGGGGCUCAUAAGUACAUUCCAGGAGGGAGGAAGAGGUGCUGU